AUGGGGCUUUUGGAUUCCGCCGUAACGAAAACCCCACUACCAAAUAAGAGGAAGAGGGGAGAUGAUCCCAUAUUACUUAUUAGAGGAGACGGAAAUCGGGAUGUGAUAGAGGUAAAGGAGGAAGCCAGCCCGGCUGGAAUACUCGCCUGUAAAGACUUGCUGAAGUCUAAGGAUAUCCUGCUUGAUAAUUUGACUAUAAUGAAAAUUGAGUAUAUGAUUAGACUGGAGGUCGACCAGUAUAUGGCUGUACUAUAUUACCCCGCUAUAGUACUCUCUGAGAUUAAUAAGCAAGUCCGAAUUAGCGACUAUUACUACGUCUCAAAGUCAACAUCCCUACCAAAAGCCAGCUCUAUUACUAGCCGGCUUAGCCGAACGAUCUCUAUAGCAUUACAGCCGAUUAAGGAUAGCCUAGUGCCUGCCCCUAUAGACGAUGAGUUCUACGAGCUUAGUAGUACUCCCUCUAAAGCUAUAGAAGUAAUUAGGGAUAAGGAAGGAGGCUUAGGCGAGGAUAUGGGCUUAGGCGAGGAUAUGGGCUUAGGCGAGGAUAUGGGCUUAGGCGAGGAUAUGGGCUUAGGCGAGGAUAUGGGCUUAGGCGAGGAUUACGUAGAUGACGACUCGAUUAUCCAAGACCAGCUACGAAAAGAAGAGCUGGCAGUCGACCUUGCUACGCAGCUAGAGUGGGCUAGAGUCUUCGAGGGCAAGCACGCAAACAUUAACGAGGAGGAGGAGGAGGAAGAGGAGUGGAUACACGUCUGCCUUCAACGCUCCGAGCAGCAGCACUGGCCAAUACUUAUUCAGUACGAUAUAGACAGCACGCUCGGCUACGCAACGAGCCUUGCGUUUGCAAAGCACGGCCUGGACCGCUAAUAACCACACUAAUCCGACCCGCGUUCAUUUAUCGAAAAGAACUCGACCUCAGGUUCAUUUGGGGUCGGGUUUAUUUAGAAUCGGGUUCGCGUUGAUUCAGAAUCGGGGUCGAGUUAAUUCAGGAUCGGUGUAAUAGGCUGCAGUCGCCUGCGGGCAGCAGGAGGGAUCAUAGUAUAGCAGAAUAAGGAGUGGGAAACAAGGCUCACUCAAUAUUAGAAGCGAGCAGAAGUAGAUUACUU